AUGCAGGACUCUGAGAUGGGGAAGGUUCACAUCCCGGUGCCUUUCCCUCCUCCGGCCGCUGUUGACGAUGUCGAUUCAACCUUCGGAAAGGACGAAGGUGUCCCUGUUCAUUAUGACGAAGUCGUGAGCCAGCUCGAAAAGGACCUUCUAUGGAAACAAGACAUGCGCAUUAUCCCGUUAUCCGCCGCGAUUUACUUCCUCUCCUUUCUCGACCGAACGAAUAUCGGAAACGCCAUGAUUCUCAAUUCUUCGACCAACGACGACAUGCAGCGCGAGACCAAUAUGAGUGAUCACCAGUUCGUCAUUUCCCUCAUGGUCUUCCUUGUCUCAUACGCCGUUUUCGAAGUCCCAAGCAAUAUGCUCCUCAAGAAGCUACGACCUAGCCGAUGGCUCGCCUUUCUCAUGUUUUGCUGGGGUGCAAUGACGAUAUUGACGGCUGCGACGAACAGUUUCGGUAGCGUUACGGCUGUGCGCUUCUUGCUGGGUGUUUUUGAGGCUGGAUUGUUCCCUGGACUGGUGUUUUACUUGACUUUCUGGUACAAGCAUGACGAGCGUAGUGUUCGUGUUGCUUUCAUUCUUGCUUCUGCAACUCUUGCCGGCGCAUUCGGCGGCGCUAUUGCAUACGGCAUCGGACAUAUGAACGGUGUUUCUGGCCUUUCAGGCUGGCGCUGGCUCUUUAUCAUCGAAGGCAUCCCGUCUUGUCUCGCAGCGGUUCUGGUCCUCUUCUUCUUGCCCGAUUAUCCGGAACGGGCAAAGUGGUUGUCAGAGGCUGAGAAAGACAUGGCGAUUCAUCGGUUGUACUAUGAGGGCUCUAAGGAAUCACACCCGACUAUGAAUUGGGCUGAAGCCAAGGAAACUUUGAUGGACUGGAGGUUGUAUGCGCAUUACGCUAUUUACUUCGCAUCUGGACCUGCGUUUGCGAGUUUGAGCUUGUUUGCACCUUCAAUCACUGUUGGUUUGGGAUAUUUCGAUUUGAAAGCGCAGCUAAUGACUGUCCCCCCGUGGGCCAUCGCUUACAUAUGUCAAGUGUUGGUGGCUUGGUCGGCGGAUCGCUUCAACGCCCGAGGCGUUCAUACGGCGAUGUCUGCAACUGUUGGCGCCGUUGGUUUCAUUGUGUCAGCCGCCCUUCCCGCUGAUUCGUAUACAGCCCGGUACGGAGGCCUGAUCAUGGCAACCGCCGGCUCGUUUGCGUGUAUGCCACCUAUGCUUGGAUGGCUUAGUUCCAACGUGUUCACAACGGCCUCGACGGGUCUUGCCAUUGCUCUCAACGUCAGUAUCGGUGGUGGACUUGGACAGAUCCCCGGUGUCUGGAUUUACCAAACAUCAGAGCGACAAGGAGGUUUUACAACAGGGCACUGGGUCAAUGCGGCUCUUCUACUGUUUGUAGCUGUGGUGUCUUUGGGCCUGAGGCUUUUCUACGGUUGGAAGAACCGGCAGUUGAGAGAAUAUGCCGAGGCACAUGGAGUGCCUUAUCGUUGUUACAAACUGUAA